AUGCAAUGGAUACACAGAGCCAAACGGUGUAGUCCAAGUUGCAGCAGUUCUCGAGGUCUGUGGUUGCUGGACCAGGCCGAGAAGACUCGAGUGACACGCCCGUCCACGUACGCAGCUGGGACAAUGGCGUUUCAGCUGCAGCCCCGCGUGUUGCAAAGCUUGGUUCGGCGACAUUAUCAAGCUGCCACCAACGGGCUUUUGGCACAAGGUGCUCGCAGUGCAGAAGCGGUUGGAGACCUUUUGCCAGCAGCUGAAAUGCUGAUUUCAUCGUCAAUGGGGAAUGCUCCAGGAGCCGCAGCUGUUCGGCUGUGCAGCGAUGCUGCGUCAGGGUUGACACCACAGGCCUAUGCAAUUGCCUCACUCGGGCCAUGCCUGGCACGACUUGCUUUGCCUAAUGACUUGAAAGUCCAGGCUCCAGGACAUUCUGUCCGUCAUCAGCUUCUGCGACACUUUGUUUUGGCUGAGGUGUGCCCUCAACGACCCUCUGCAGACGUCUUGCUGGCACCGAGCCCAGGGAGCAGAACUCCAGCGUCCUCCUCAUGGAACCUGUGCAGUUUGUGUUGA